AUGCUAGUAAGACCCAAACUGGAUUAUGGGUGUGAAGUGUACUACUCAGCCAAUGAGGCUAGACUCAAGACACCGAACUCUAUUCAUCAUGUUGGGGUGCACCUGGCGACCGGUGGCUUCAGAUCUUCACCAAUCCCAAGUCUAUUAGUGGAUGCUGAUGACCCACUCCUUGAUCCUCAGCGACAGCAUCUCCAGGUUCAGUGUUGGUUUUGCCUCCACCGCCUUCUGCAGUCUGUAACCAACACUUGUGUGGUUGAUGAGACUAUGUCCCCACACUACACUUGGCAUCCAGGCCUCCCACAACCUCUCGGCUGCAAGUCCCUGUUAACUGAUUUUGUUUUUCUUACAGGUCCUUUAUACUAUGUGUACAUGUCAAUGCUGGCAGUCUUUUGUACAAAUGCUAUCAAUAUUUAUGCUGGUAUCAAUGGCCUGGAGAGUGGACAGGCAGUAGUUAUUGGAGCAUCAGUUGCAAUGUUCAGUCUAAUAGAGCUGGGCGGCUACCAGGCAGAGUCUCACUACUUCUCCCUUUGUAUAAUCAUCCCCUUCGUUUCUACAUCUAUAGGAUUAUACUAUUACAACCGGUAUCCUGCAAGAGCCUUUGUUGGGGACACAUUUACGUACUUUGCGGGGAUGACCUUUGCUGUGGUGGCAAUCAUUGGCCAUUUUAGCAAAACAGUAUUAUUGUUUUUCCUGCCACAGAUCUUCAAUUUCCUUUAUUCUGUUCCUCAGUUGUUCCACUUUGUACCAUGCCCAAGACAUCGUUUACCAAGAUACAACGCAGAGGUGGACAAGUUAGAACCCAGUGUUGCUGAGUUUAAGGCAAAGGAAAUAAAAAAACCUAUUCUUGUUUUCCUUCGGCUCCUAACAACUGUGGGUCUUGUAAAUUUUCAAGAAGGGUUGGGGGAGGAUGGGGAGAUGUGCUGUUUAAAUAAUCUAACUCUUAUUAACCUUACUUUACUUAAGCUUGGUCCUCAACAUGAGGGCACCCUCACUACCAGAUUACUCAUGCUACAGGUUCUAUGUUCUGGCCUUGCAUUUUUCAUACGUUACCCAUUAGCUGACAUGUUUUUUUGAAGUAAGGUUAACAUAUACAGUACUGUACUGGGCACCACACAUUGAGUAAAUAAAUGACUUACCUGUA